AUGCGGCGGUGGUGCUGCUCCUCCGCCGGCGGCCUCGCCCGCCGUUUCCUCUCCUCCCCCACCGUCGUCCAUGCCCGCCCGCCCGUGUCCUCCCUCCCCUUCCGCCGCGACCACUCCCACACCCACGCGCCUCUGCCCAUCAUGGGCUCGCUGUUCCACUCCGCGGCAGCCGCUGCGAUCGUCCGGCCUCCGGUGAUGGCGAUGCAGGUGCGCCACUACGCCAUCAAGGGCAGGUCCCGCGCGCCGACCACGCCCACCAUCUCCAAAGUCAAGAAAUACAAGAUGAAGGCCCCCUCCUCCAUGAAGUUCCGCUUCAGAACGAUGAAGGACGGCCAGAUCCGCAGGUGGAGGGCCGGCAAGCGCCACAACGCACACCAAAAGUUUGUUUGGGCUGCAUCUGACUUGGCCGAUGCUGACCAGGGCCGCCUUAGCCUGAAGUACUCCCGCAUUAACUCGAGGAGGCACUGGCUAGACUUCCACGCGACGUCCAAGGAAGCAAAGAGAAGACUCCGGAAGCCUGCUUUAGUGCAUUUAGCUUAUGCCAAAGUUAUAAAGAAGCUCAACUUCUGCGGCUAG